GAGACGGCCCUGGAGGGCGAGGGCGCGGGAAGCCUUCAGCAAAUGGCCUACCACACCGUGAACCGCCGCUACCGGGAGUUCCUCAACCUGCAGACCCGCCUCGAGGAGAAACCGGAGCUCCGCAAAUUCCUGAAAAAUAUCAAAGGCCCAAAGAAGCUGUUCCCUGAUCUCCCGUUCGGAAACAUGGACAGCGAUAAGGUGGAAGCCAGAAAAAGCCUCCUGGAGUCUUUCUUGAAGCAACUGUGCGCGGUGCCCGAGAUCGCCAGCAGCGAGGAGGUGCAGGAGUUCCUCGCCCUCAACACUGACGCCCGCAUCGCCUUCGUCAAGAAGCCCUUCGUGGUCUCCAGGAUAGACAAGAUCGUCGUCAACGCCAUCGUGGACACGCUGAAGACGGCGUUCCCCAGGUCGGAGCCGCAGAGCCCCACGGAGGAUCUCAGCGAGUCCGAGGUGGAUGGAAAGCCCCAGGGGGAAGGGAAGAAGACAAACAAGUCCAGACUGAGGUUCCCAUCCAGCAAAAUCACGCCGGUGCUGAGCGCGGGGGAGGCCCACGACAGGAUCGUGUACGGCCUGCGAGAGGGCAGCGCGGUCUCCGGCUCCCUGUCGCUGGCUGCUAUGGAAUCCUUCAUCCAGAAGCAGGAGAAGCUGCUGGAGGCGGCGCCCAGGGAAUCCCAGGACAGGGAAUUCUGCAGGCACCACGACAUGGAUGUGCCGGGCACGUGGCACCCGGACGCCGACUCGGAGACGGCUUUGGCUGACCUGGCCCUGGAGCUGCUGCGCCUGCUUCUCGCCGACCACUGGGGCUGGCUCUGCACGGACAACAUGCACAGGGUCCUGGACCUGCUUUUCGGGACCCUCAUUCAAAGGUGGCUGGAGGUGCAGGUGAUUAACCUGACCUGCACCCAGCGCUGGGUCCAGUACCUCCAGUUGCUGCAGGAAUCCAUCUGGCCCGGAGGAGUUUUGCCAGCGCUGCCUAAACCCGCCAGGACCCAGGAGCAGAAGGCGGCGGCAGCGGAGCAGGCCCUGCAGAGCUUGAUGGGGCUCCUGCCCGAUGUGAUCCAAGAAAUCCUGGGAACUACUAAAUGUCGUCUGAGCUGGAAUCUGGUCCUGGAGUCACUGGGUCAGCCCAUCAUUAACAGGCACCUGGUUUUCUGCCUCUUGGACAUUCUGCUGGAGUUCUUGGUCCUGAAGGACUCCAGCGCCGAGCCCGACACAGCAGCUGCUGCCCCAUCUGCCUCUGGCAGCCCGGAGAAGGCAGAGAUGUCACCACAUUAA